AUGAAUUAUAAUUACAACGUGUCUCCUGAUACGAUAACUCGUGCCAGUAAUCGUACCACCAGUAGACUCUUGUGCGUUAAACGAGACACAUGUGUAAUGGACUGUCUCGAAUAUGUGCCAUACUUUAGUUGACUUUUAGUUUAAAAAACAAAUAGUGUGAUUUUUUGCAAAAACCAUGUUUAAGUGAAAAUUCAAUUUUUAAACUUUUUUUCAAAAUUUGUAUAAAUUUAUAACCAAGUGACGUAGCAUCCGAGCCGCAACGUUGCCAUAUUGAUUAUACUGGAACUAGCCGUCGUAGAUGAGAACAUUGUUGCCAGACAACGUUUACAUACAACAAAAUAUUACAGUAGAGUUCUUGUAGGCUCGUACUUACACUUACAUUACUCACAAUCUCUGACUUAUAACUCAGAAUUCAGUUCGACAAAGUGAUUUGUGUUAAACAGUCAAUGUAUUUAUCAAGUGUAAUUAAGUUCCGUUUGUAAAAUAACUUAUUUCAAUAAUUGCGAGCAUGUCGAAGACUCUAGUGGAAUUAAAUUUUUCACGAGUUAUGGAAUUUGACCCCGAAUUAUUAGUAAAAUAGCCAGAUAUUUUUUUUUUAUUUAUAAAUAAAUAUAUAAAUUAAAUAAUAACUUGAAUAUUUGUUUAGUUUUAGUUUGAAAAAAAAUAUAUAAAAAAGUUUUUCAGAACAAAGUGUCAGAUAUUUUUUCAUUAGUGUUCUAGUACAAAACAAAAUUACGAAAAUAAAUCUGAUAAAAAUUCAAACUCAAGUAAAUCAUCAACAGAGAGUUCAAGUUUUAUAAAUAAUAUACAUUCCAAUAAAUAUUUAGACAUGAAGGGCAGUAACAGAGAUUGGUUAUUCCGUGUCGAGGUACCGGGAUUAGAAAAAAGUGAUUUUGUAUAUGUAGUAGGAAAUUUACCAGAAUUAGGAGCUUGGAAUCAUAAUCAAGCGAUUCAACUUCAUCAAGAAAAUACCUCAAGUCCAUCACACUCAACACCUUUUGAAAAUGAUGACGGAUUUUUAAAUGACAGCGCGUCUGAUAAUUUAUUUUAUAAUAAUCAGCAAAAUGACAGAACUUUUUCAUUGAAAAUUUCCCUGCCAACGGAUAUAGAUAUUGAAUUCCGAUAUUUUAUUGCUGUUGUAUGUCAACCUAAUGGCACUAAAAAUUCAGCAAAGACAUUAAUUAUCCGUAAAUGGGAGACACAUAUGACACCAAGAAUUAUUAAAAAAGCCACGCCUAGUAAUUUUACCGAAGACAUGACACCAGAGCCGGAUAAAUUUGGGUACAAUAAUGGGUACUAUAAAGUAGAACGCGGAUGGCUGACAGAUGAAACAGUGAUGCAGUUUAAAUUAUUUAACAACCCGAUAAAAAUAUGGAAAAAUCGGUUACAGAAUAAAAAAUUGUAUAUUAAGAUGACGCCGGUUAAUCUAGUCAGACACAGCUCAUUGGAAUUGCAACAAUUCACUGGUGACUGUGUUGAUGAUAGUCUGUCAAUGGAUACUCAGGAUAUUGUUGACCAGCCGGCUUUUAGUAUUACGGAAAUAACUGUAAUGAAUGAUGAAGAGGCAACUUAUAAAAAUCAAGAGCAAUUCGGUCGCGCUUAUGAAGAAGACGAAUUUCUUAUUUUCAAUGUCGCCGUCCGCUAUCCAGAAACAAUCGCUUAUUUAGUUGACUACUAUGUCUACGGCUCAAGAGUUUUUCCCGGGGACUCUCCGCCAGAUCAUAUUGGGUUCAGUUAUAUUUUGCCGAGCACUUUGCAAGCUAGUGUUGGUAUUCUGACCAUUCCUAUCACCAGCACAAAACAUCGGCCUAUUGGGCAAUUGACAGUUGAGUAUGUCACUAUAAAACCGAUACCUGAUUACCCCUGGGACAUGAGUAUUUCUUAUGCAAAACACUGGGAAGAAAGAUGGUCAGGCCUAGAUGUGGGACAUCGUGGUCUCGGGACAUCAUUUAAAUGUGAAAUGAAAAACUGCGCAAAUGUCCGUGAAAAUACAAUCGCUUCACUGAAAACGGCUUCGCACCAUGGAGCAGACAUGGUAGAGUUCGAUGUCCAGUUGUCAAAAGACAUGAUUCCAGUAAUUUAUCACGAUUUUCACGUCUCUAUUUCAAUGAAACGUAAAAAACAGAUCGACGCAAUGGACAUGCUGGAGAUUCCCGUGAAAGAUCUGACUUUGGAGCAGCUGCAUCUGCUCAAAGUCUAUCAUUUAGCGGAGGGACGAGAAAAGAACCCGCGAUUUUUCGAUGAAGACCUCGAGGAACACCAGCCAUUUCCAACUCUGCAGGCGGCUUUACAAGAGCUCGAGACUCACGUCGGCUGCAACGUCGAGAUUAAAUGGACCAUGCAAUUAAAAGACGGAACAUUUGAGCUCAAUCACCCAUUCGACUUGAAUACGUACCUCGACAUCAUACUGAAAGUCGUUCUAGAGUACGGAGGCGCCAGGAAAAUUGUUUUCUCUUCAUUCAACCCGGACAUAUGUUCGAUGAUCCGGCUCAAGCAAAACAAGUACCCGGUGGUCUUUCUGACCCAAGGAAUCACCGUCAAGUACCCGACUUAUCACGAUCCCCGGUGCCAGACGAUCCCCAUGGCGAUGAGACACGCUCUGGCCGCCGAUAUUCUGGGGAUCAACGUCCACACCGAAGACAUUCUGAGGGACCCGAGCCAAGUCAAGGCCGUCAAAGACCGCGGGCUCAUUAUUUUUUGCUGGGGAGACGACAAUAAUGAUAAGGCUACGAUUCAGCAUCUUAAGAAACUAGGACUUCAUGCUGUCAUUUAUGACAAAAUGGAUGAGUACAAUCCGAAGGAAGUGAAGGAAAGUAUUUUUUUGGUCGAUGCCAGAGAAAACCAAAAAGAUUUGCUGGCACUUGCUUGCAACCAAAAUGGACAGCAGACUUCUGGCCAACUGAAUAAUGGGGAAAAGGAUUAUUCAUUGGGUGGAGAAAAAAGUUUUAAAAUACCGGCUACCUCAUUACCUCCAUGCAACUCAAGGGACUUUUCCGUUCCCAUGACCGAGGUGUCUAAAAAUCCAGAGCCCGAGGACACGGAAAUGGGCGACCUGGCCAAAGGUUUCAGCGAGUGCGCAAACAGUUUCGGGCACCAGAUAAAGAGCUUCAAGACGCCCGACGUCAUCACCGAGCGGCAGUCCGUCAUUGAGCUGUCCGUCGACGACGACGCCAAAGACUGUCUCUGAUGUUUCUCCUUCAGAAUAAGAUCUCUUGGUCCAAGCUCCUGGUUUCGGACAAAGUCGUCUCUGUUACAUCGAACGCCGCGAUAAUUAUUGAUAAUUAUCUUUUUAAAUUUUUAAAAAGUCUCAUUAAAUUAAUUGCUUAUUAAUAAUAAAUAAAUUUUAACGGCAACGCGACUUAGUAAAGAAAAAUUUCGUAUAUAAAUUAGUACAAACGUUUUUUAUCGAAGGCUUGUUUUUAUUUGCAUGCUUGAGAUUUUUACGGCAAUCAAUAAAUAAUUAAUUAAUAAAAAUUGAAAAUAUAUAUUUUUUUAAAUAAAAAUCUCAAGUUGAAUUUACAAAAUUAUCCACCAAAAUUUAAAAUUUGAUUCAUUUAAUUUUCCUUGCCUUCAUAGCUUCCAAUUGAGUUAUUUAAUUACUUAUAAUUAAUUAUUAUUAAUAAUUAAAAAAAAAUUUAUUACGGUUGAAAAACAAA